UCUCUGGACACAGUUGUCAUGGAGAUGGAAAAGAGUUCGGUGUCCACGAGCAGCCCUGUUACCAUGGAAAUUCCUUUUAUCGUAGCUAAUCCGAUAACGCAAUCCAAGGCAGAGGAGUAUGUUGAGAACCAGGAUCAGCAUCGUGCAGGAGAUGCGUUUCAGCACACUAAAUAUCGUAUGCUGAUUGUGAUUGGAGAGAUUUCCUCCUGUGAACACCUGGACUCUGCUAGGAAACAAAUCACACGAGGUUUGCUGUCCUGGAAUGUUGAUUUGAGCAUCUGCGACUUGAACAAGGAACUACAGCUGUUUGAGACCAAACAUACGGCUCAGUUUUCUUCACAAGUCAAAGGCCAGCGGAUUCUGCAUUAUCAGAGUGACAUCCUUGAGACGGUGGUGUUAGUUAACCCAUCAGAAGAGGCUGUUUCUUCAGAGGUCCAUUCUUUGCUCACUGACUUGGCUGGAAAUAAACUGCUGAUACUCAGUGGACAGAGCUCUGACCAGGGAAGUGACCUCCUUCUCCAAGGUGGAGUCUUUACCUGGCAGCAAUUCUUUGAUAUUAUUUCUAACACUCAAGUGGUAUCAGUCCUUUCCAGGGCCUAUUCAGAGAAGCCAUUAAAGCUUACUGUUUCCUGUCAAGGAGACGGGGGCUGGAGCUCCCUGGGCAAAAGCCAGGAGCAGCAUCUGUUUCCAAGUAUUCUGGAAUACCGUUUGAAUCCGGAACCACACCUUCCUAAAAUGGAAGGAGUGACAGAGUUUACAGAUUAUGUCUCAGAGACAGUAGACGUGCCCUCACCCUUUGAACUUUUAGAGCCACCGACUUCAGGAGGAUUUCUGAAACUGUCAAAAGCUUGCUGCUACAUAUUUCCUGGAGGAAGAGGGGACUCUGCUUUAUUUGCUGUCAAUGGUUUCAACAUCCUGGUGGAUGGUGGGUCUGACCGAAAGUCUUGCUUCUGGAAACUGGUUCGCCACCUAGACAGAAUUGACUCUGUUCUGCUCACGCAUAUUGGUGCAGACAACCUUCCAGGCAUCAAUGGUUUGUUUCAGAGAAAGAUUGCAGAGCAGGAGGAGGAGGGCAACCAAGGUUCUGGUUCAAACACAAGCGAGGAGUCAACGAAAAACCUAAUAUCCCCUGAGCUUGGGAUUGUAUUUCUGAACGUCCCUGAGAAGCUUCGGAUGCCAGAGUCCACUCUAAAAGUUAAACGAAGCAUUGAGGAAGCAUCUCUCACAUUACAGUACCUCAACAAGCUAGGUAUCACACCUGAACCGCUUCACAGGCCAGUAAGUAACACUGUUGAACCCAUCACACUCUUUCAUAAACUUGGAGUUGGAAAGUUGGACAUGUAUGUGCUAAACCCUGUCAAGGAGAGCAAAGAGAUGCAGUUUCUCAUGCAAAAAUGGGCUGGGAACAGCAAAGCUAAGACUGGUAUUCUAAUGUCUAAUGGAAAGGAAGGAGAAAUAUCUGUUCCCUAUUUGACAUCAGUUACUGCGCUCAUUGUUUGGAUUCCGCACAAGCCCACGGAAAAGAUAGUCAGGGUGCUUUUUCCUGGAAAUGCACCUCAGAAUAAAAUCUUUGAAGGCCUUGAGAAACUGAAACACCUUGACUUUCUGCGAUAUCCAGUAGCAACUCAAAAAGACUUAUCAUCUGGUGCCCCGCUGCCCAUUAUCAAGCAGACAAAAAUUAAAUCAAGAACUGAUAGCAAAGAAAGUCUCAAAGCGUCACCAAAACCAAACCCAAAAACUGCCAAGAAGGAAGAUGUUGGACAGGAAGAUGAGCUCAAGAGUGAAACUACUAAAGAGAAUAAAGUGGAAAAGAAAGAAGAGAAAAAAAUAAAAAGUCAAAGUUUGAAGGCCACCAAACAACAGAAAAAUAGUGCAGUUGCUCCUAUGACAACAAAGUCAGAGAAGAAAAUAUCAAAGGAGAAAAGUGGCAAAAUCGAAAAAGUUUUCCGAAUGGAUGAAAAGAAAGAUAAAGAGAAGAAGGACAUCAAAAAAGACAAAGUAAAAAAAGAUGAAAAUAUAAGAAAAGAUGAGAAAAAGGAAAACAAGGAACUCAAAAAGAAGGACACAAAUAAGCCAGAAUUGAGAAAAAUGACUAAACCAGAUCUUAAACCACUCACUCCUGAAGUGAGGAAAACACUACACAAAGUUAAGAGUCAGACUAAAAUCAAGACAGAAAAGAAUACAGUUGUUAAGGAGCAUUCAAAGGUUAAAAAGCAUAUCCCUGAGAACCUCCAUGAAGAGGUCACAGCAGCAGCUCUUGCAGACAGGUCAAUCAUGUCUUCCCCGGAGGACCUUACCGAGGACUUUGAGGCUCUGAAAAGAGAUGAGUUGUCAAAACCCAAGAUUGAGAGUGCCCAGAUAUCUGAGGUAUCAGCUCUCAAAGACACUAAAGUAUCCAUGUCGUUCUCUCCUGAUGACAAAAUUACAUCAUUUGCUACUCAUGCAGAGACUGCUUUAACCACAUUUCCUGAGAAAACAAAUGAAGGCAAAACAGAUGGGAAAAUAUCAGAACGGAUUAGAUCUCCUCAAAGUAAAGAUUCAAGCAGUGGUAUUCACAAGCAAUAUGAAGAGCAGACAAUUGUGGAUUAUGGCAAAUAUUCUGAAAAGGAAGAUUUAAAAGACAUGUCAAAGAAGAGUGAUAGCUCAGAGGAUGAUGAUGAAGUAAUCGAAAAAGCUGAGUUUGAAGGAACAGAAGAUGCUUCAUUUAUCAAGUAUAAAACACAGGAAAUAAAGAAAGAAAGCCCUGAAAAGGGGUUGGAAAACAAAUCAACUGUACCACUGGCCUCAUCCACUGCGGGACUGUCUGGACAAGGAGUAGUAGGAUCAGCCUCUGAGCAAUUCUCCUUUAUCCAAGAUGAAACUAUCCCUGGUUACACAGAGACAGAACAGACCAUCUCUGAUGAGGAGAUCCAUGAUGAUACGGAAGAAAGAAUACCACAGUUACGAUAUAAUGCAGGAUCUUACGACAUCUCAGUCCCUGAUGUCCCUAGAACAUUUGACCCGAUGCACGGUAUGGAAGAGAUGAAAAGCUCUGCUGUUUCUGAUGUUGUGGAUGUCAAACCCAAAGCCUUUAUGGUAGGUCAGCAGUUUGAGACGGCAUCUUAUCCUGCUGUCAUUGCGGCUCCUCUUGCAGAGGAGGAACACAUAUCAUCUGCCACAUCCAUAACAGAAUAUGACAAAAUGUCAUCAUUUGCCACAUCAGUUGCUGAAGACCAGUCCGUAGCAUCUGUUACGGCACCUCAGACUGAGGAAGUUGGAAGGAACUCCCUACUUGACAUCAUCAACAAUGUGCCCGCACGUACAGAAGGCACCCAGGGAAAGGACUACCUACAUUCCGCAGGUACCAUUUCACCUACCUCUUCUUUGGAAGAUGACAAAUGUUUUAAGUCUCCUUCCUCUGAUGAGUACCACCCCAACAUGAUGGAAAUGGAGAGUGAUGACAAGGCUAUUGCAGCUCAUGAUGAAGAUGAUGAUGAAGAAGAUGAGGAUGAAGAUCAAACUCCAAAUGUUGACAUCCCUCUGGGUAAACUCCAAGAGGGCUAUGAACAUGCAGCGUCCAUGAUGCUAAAGGAGAAAGAAAACUCAACUUCUCCCACUAUUUCUCUUCCCGCCCUAUCUCAAAACUCUCCUAUGCAGCCCGCCAGCGAAAAACAGUCUCCAUUUAGUAUUGGUGGAGUUGUAAUCAGCAGUGGAAUACAAGCCACAUCAACAUCGCCAUCUCUCGCUACAGAAUUUGAGUCCCAUUUCAGACAAGACAGUGAUGAGAGAUGUCCAAGCCCCGAUGACAGCACUAUGAAACUGGCAUCACCCGCACAGUCAGUUCCUACAAGCACGGGCUACUCUCCAGCAGAGGAAAAGCCCUCAAAGACCAAAGAUGAAGCAGAUAUCAAUUUGAAGAGCGAAAAAGCAGAGAAAUCAGUCACUAUUUCAGAUAAUACAUCAUUCAUUGGACUUUCAGGUGACAAAACAAUGUUAGAGGCAUCAGAAGAAUCUGAAGAGGACAGUGUGGAUGAAGAUGACUAUCACAUCAAAAAAGAUCUCCAGCCAGCCGUUAAGGCUAAACUUAUGGAGGCAAAAGAAGGAUGCUUCCUGGAUGAUGAUUUAACAAUUGAGGCAAAGACUUCCACGAUAGGGACUGACCUUGAAAGCUUACAAAAGCAUAGUGUAGAUGAGAAAUCCAAGCCUGAAAUCGUUUAUUCUGAUGAAAAUGAAACAGAUAAUUUUACAACUGGAUUUGAAACAAAAUUCUCACCUGCAUAUUCAAGCAAAACUGAAAAAUGUCCAAAAGGUGCUGAAAAAACAGAUAUCUCUUUCACAGUUCCUGAGAAAAGUGUUCAAUUUAGUGUGUGCGAUUACCCUGAGAAGGAGACCAAAGAGAAAGCCAUCUAUAUAAGACAAGACACGCCUUAUGUACAUGGCAAAACAUUCUCUUACAGUGACAUUUAUGAUAGUAAACCAGGAUCCAUGGAAUCUGAUACAUUUAAUCAAGGGUCCAUAGACAAGGUGGAGAAAGACAUUUCAAGGGAUGAAAUGGAUUUACCACCAUAUCCUGUGACAGCAAGCGGCAAAAUAUCAGUGGAUGAAAAUCCAGUGUCAUAUGGACAAGAACCCUCAACUCCAUUAUGGCGUGACUCAAAGAACACUUCAGCUGAUCCUUCAGUGGUCAAAGGGGCCAAAGAAACAGAACCAUUUGAAUGCACAGAAAGUGAUGUUGGUUCAGCUGCAGAUCGACCUGAAGCAUCUCUCUCUUUGGCAAAGGAUUCUUUGUCUUUUUCAAUGCAAUCUGGCCACCCAAAACCCUCAGCCUUUUCUUCAUCGACAGGGUUCAAUAUUGCCAAAUCAAUUGGCGCUGAUGAUCAAAGCACAUGUUUGGAGAUUGAUAUGCGUAAACUGACAGCUAAGGAUGAAGAAGACUAUGACGAUGAUGAGUUCAUCGGUGAAGAUGAUGAAGACGAUGAAGGCGAUGAGGAUGACGAUAAUGGCUCUGUUGAUUCUGACAUGGAAAAAGGUACCAAAGAGAAGUCUGAGAAAGAAGUAAAAAAUCCUUCCAGUGAAAUACUUUCCUUAAAUAAGCCUGAAUUUAUGGUUUCCAUGGGUGGAUAUGGCUUUUAUAGUCAGGGGAAGCCAAGUGACAAAGAAAACCUCUCCAGUUCAAAGAUAGCAGAUGACGAUAUGGCAGACUCGUCAAUUUUAAAGAGAAAGUCAAGUGGGGGGUCGACAGGUUUUUCUGACUACGUCACAGGCUUCCAGCUGGAUGAAGAGGAAUUUAAGAAAUCCCUUUUACCAAGCCAGACCACAGACAAAGGUAAAGAGGAUAUUAGCUUGAAGCUUUCACAGAAAUGUUUUUACAAGAAUGAGGGAAAUGAUCCAGAUUUCGAGAAACCUCAGUCCCCGGACCACUUGAGCAAGAAAUCACCGGACACAAGCUUUCAGUACACGGCCACUGCUGCCCCUGGUUAUUCCUCUUCCUCUGCCUAUAGCUACUCCUCUUCAACUUCAGGCUCCUUCUCAACCAGCCGUCAGCUUGGAGAAGAUUUGGAGACACCUGCCUCAGCAGAGCCCCUGUUUGAGUAUUCGUCAUUUAAAGAAGAACACUGUCCGGUCAUAGAUUCUCCCUUCCCCUCUUUAACUGGCACCAAAGAUGAUUAUCUUGAAGCAUCUGAGAAACACAACACUGUUACAAACGCAGCUGAGUCCACCUCUAGCUUAGCCCACUUUUCACCCCUCAGUCCAUCUGAGGAGGCCAAACUCUUCCCUUCACAUUCACGAACAACUUCUGCUGAAAGCAAAAAGGAACAAACACGUUUUAGCGGUUUCAUGGAUAGACAACCUCAAUCAGAUUGCUUCUAUAAGCCUGAGUGGUCUGAGGUGUCAAGUUUGGACUCGGCAAAAGACUUAGAGGACUCAUUGGUCACACACUCUAAAGAAACAGCAAUCUCAUUCAAUAAAGAGGCAGCCAGUGCUGCUUUGUUUGGUGUCACUUCUUCACCACGUCCUGUUACUGAAGGGAAACAUUACUUUGAGGAAAGUGACAGCAGUGAAGAAGAAGAGGAUGAAGGGGAUUAUACGCAAGAAAUGACUUCAGUAUCACCCUCCAGUGGGCUCACAGGUUCCUUGACCUUAUCUGAUAAGCCCGUUUCUUCAGCUGAAAGUGAAAUGAUAACUAAUGCACUCCCUGAUGUGCUUGGCUCUUACAUGUCUUCACCACUUUCAGCCACCAAGCCUGACCCAACCAAAGGAACCACAGAAGUCAGCGUAAGCUCAACCCUCCUUGCUGGAGCUACAGCUAGUGGUGCACUUGUAGACACAGCAAGAAUAGAGUCCAGAGAGGGUGCUGGAAGCUACAGGAGCUCCUAUGAAUGGGAAAUGUCCAAACCUCAGAUAGGGAGGAUGCCUGGUGACUCUCCUCCCCAUUAUCGUCACGACGAUGAAUUUGAAGAGGAGUGUGAAAUGGAGCCAGAACACCCAGUACGGCCACUUUCACUCUCAUCGACUAGUCAGCCAUUUCACUCCCCUUUCUCUGCUGAUGAGUGCAGCCAACAAGGGCAGUUUGAUGUUGAUGACGAUGAUGAGGAUGAUGAUGAGAGUGAUCAAGAUCUUGCUGGCAAAGCAUCCAAAGGAGCUGCCUCUUCAUAUGCAGGCCAAAGCUCUCCGGGAUAUUCGUCCUGUGAGUACAAGCAGCAUAAAACUGACCUUUCACCUUCCUUUAUCAACCCAUGCAUGCGGCAGCUAUGUAGUGAUGAAGAUGACGAAGAGCAAGGACAUCAAAGUGAACAGUCGCAGGAGGGUGACGAACAUGACAUGUCGGUAAAGAGAAGGGCUCGCAAGCAGCCACAACAUCAUCAGUCCCACAGCAGCUCUUUUCAUCAAGCCAGUGGCAUGUCAGCAGGGUUGGGUGAAGCAACAGAGGACACUCCACCCACUUCCAUAAGUGAGUCUCUCGCCUCUCAGUCGGACUCUGAAGUGCCUGCAGGCACAGAAGAGUUCCCCUCAGUCACUGGUGAAGGCAACGUUGAUUCAGAUGAGGAUGCAGACUAUAUGCCUAUUGACAAAAUAUCCGCCACGGGCAGCCGUCAGCCUUCCUCCUGGAAGAGCCACGAUCCAGUUCCCACACCUCAAAAGGACCCCUAUCCCCAUCCUCCUUGUCCUGAUGUCUGCAUGGUGGACCCUGAUUCUUUGGGCAGUGCCUCAAUUAAGAAAGAGCCUAAAGCAAAAGGCUUGAAGAAAGCUGGGAAAACCAAGUCAGCGUCCCCAGCCAGACGCAAGAGGUCCCCUUUGCCUGUCAAACAAACAUCAUCUCCUCGAAGUGCGUCACUAAAAAAGAAGGAUGCUGACAAGAGUUCACGGAUGUCUCGCCUGUCAGAUGGACAGGGCUCAAAAGAUGAUGAUCUCUCAAGGUCAAGCUACAAUCCUGGCAAAGCGACAACAAAUGGUGGCAAGAGCGGUUUGGGCUCUCCAAAGGCUGGUUCUACAGCUCCUAUUUAUGUUGACAUGGCCUACAUUCCUAACCACUGCAGCGCCAAGAAUGUAGAUCAAGAAUUUUUCAAACGUAUUCGCUCCGCAUACUACGUGGUGAGCGGGAAUGAUCCUGGAAGUGGUGAACCAAGCCGAACUGUUCUCGAUGCACUGCUGGAUGGAAAAGCUCAGUGGGGUUCAAAUCUUCAGGUGACGCUGAUCCCGACUCAUGACACAGAAGUGACUCGCGAGUGGUACCAGCAGACACACGAGCGGCAGCAGGAGCUCAACAUCAUGGUCCUGGCGUCCAGCAGCACUGUCGUCAUGCAGGAUGAAUCUUUCCCCGCUUGCAAGAUUGAGUUUUAGUAAUGCUGUCCCACACCUUGCCUCCAUACUGUUUGGAAAAUUAUUCUCUCGAGCUUAGUUCAUGUGUUUUUGUCCCUUUUGUGGUAAUAUAACAGAAAUACUAAACGCAAUUCAAUUAAUUGAGUUGAUUCCAAAAAAAUGUUUGACUAUUUAUCAAGCUUUUUUGUGACAGUCAGUUUACAACGACCUCCUGACAUGAUCAUUCAAAGUGCUCUAUUUAAAACACAGUUGAUGUCAGUGUUCUUACACUAAUUCAGAAGGAAAAGGCAAAUAGGCAGUUGUUUGGUUGUUAUUCCUUCAAUUGGGCAUCGACUUCAUAAUAUUAUUGAUGGGACACGGGGCCGAAUAAUAGGGGGCCUGCAUUGUUGGCGUGGCCAUCAAAGCUAACAUGAUAGAUAUAGACGCAAAUAUGUCUACGUACGAUGUUAGUCUGUUAGUCAAUGUUGCGGCCGCCAUAUGUAAACAGAUUUUCCGGUGAAAAUUUUUGUGAAUAAAUGGUUAAAUCCAUGAAUUCUUUAUAGAUAUGGACAUAAAACAGUCUCGUUUCUUGGUAAAAAAAAAACAAAACAAAAAAUGUGGAGUUAGCAUUUAUUUUACGUAAAUAUUUUGAAGUACGAUGCUAGUCUGUCAGUCAGUGUGGCGGCCGCCAUAUGUAAACAGAGCUUUUCUGGUGAAAAUUCUUGUGAAUAAAUUCAUAAAUCCCUGAUUUCUUUAUAAACAUGGAUGCAAAACAGUCUCGAUUAUUGGUUAAAAGCAAAAAAAAAACCAUGCAGUUAGCAUUUAUUUUACGUAAAUAUGUCGAAGAAUGAUGCCAGUGUGUUAGACAAUGUGACGGCAGCCUUAAAGCAAAGAGCUUUUUACGUUGAAAAUUCUUGUGAAAACACGAAAAGUAUAAUAAUUACCUUGAAUCCUCGAACAAAUCACUCCUACAGCUUUUGUACUUUUUCAACAUAAAUCCGGUGUUGGAUCGCUGCAUGACUAACUGAAGCAGAUUGUGGGAUGGCCCCCUACUUGAAGGCGUAGCGCAGUGAAGGUCGAAUCUGACCCGUCAAUAUCAUUAUGAAGUCUAUGAAUUGGGCUUGAAUUUAAACACGCCUUUGGACAAUGCGAACUGCUGUCCUUGCUAGUAUCUCAGUUUUAACAUUUCUUUUCUCAGAAUAUAGAUUAUCUGACUGAAACAUUGUGCUGGUAGAAAAUGACUAUCGUGCUCAGUUUCCUCACUUUGAUGACAGUUGCAGUGUUUGAACGUUGUGCCUCCAAAUGACAUGAAAUAGAGAAUAAUAUUAAAGUAGAGGCCGCAGUGCCCUUUCAGUGUCUUUCAAAUAUAUUCGCUGUAGCAUAGGAAAACUCUUAUUCAAACUUCCAUAUCGUUGUGAAAUAUUUCUAUGAUGAAAAUAAUCUGUUACAGUUAGAAUUUACGUGGGUUUUGACCAAUAGUAUUUGGUUCCUGUAGUCUGAAGUUUGUUUUCCCUUCAUAAUUUGAUAAGCUGUUGUUGAAGAGUGAAGAGAAAUGCAGGCAGAUGUUUCUGUCUUUGUAAAGGAAGAACUUUGUGCAUUUGAAGGGGAAAAAAAGGUAUACCACAUAUCAGCUGCCGCAUCUCGACUACCCUUUCCCAAAGCUGCGUCCACGAAUGCCGAAUGUAUGACAAUGUAGGGGGAGCGUUUUCAAAUGGGGUGAGAUGUGGGCUGGUAAAGAUGAGACCCACGUGCCUUUUAGUCCUGAUGUACUAGAGGAUUGCAAGUUUGGAAAUGCGUAUUUCUUGUUGAGAGUGGACAUGAACAGUUGCACGGUGAAAGGUUUUGACGAGCUGGUCUCAAACGUUUUUGUGAGUUUUGUCCGUGGUGUGAGAGCGCAGAAGGCGAGUAGAGCACUUUUUAAAGCAUAAAAUCAGUGUGUCAGAUAUUGAUCUCCACAAACUGCCAGUUUUUAUUUAACUUCUAAAAAGCACAAAUAGCAACUACUGUACAAAAGUGAAAACCGUCUUUCCGAUAGACUGAAAAGAAACAUUCAAAGAUGAUGUUCCGGCGCACUUUUUGUUGUCUGGGACCAUUUAAUGGGCAACAUACACAUUGUUAUUAAGAAUAUUGAACUGUCCAUACACGCUCAGCAUCCGAUUUUGAAAAAGCCAUCAAAAUAAGUCAUAAUUCUCAUUUUCAACAUUUGCAUACCGUAAUUUCCCGAAUAUAAGGCGCACCCGUGUAUAAUGCGCACCCCAAAUUUACUUGUAAAAUCUAGGGAAAAUUAUUGUACCCGUUAAUAACGCGCACCCUAAUUUUAGCACCAAUAAAUAGAAGAAUACAAGAAAACAGAGCUUGUGUACAGAUAUAGAGAUGUCAUUUUACUGACUGGUGAAACACAGCUCAAGCAUAGCACAUUGGUAGUUCAAAACAUUAACGUGAACUGACAAUAUUUACGGUAAUAAUAUGAUUUGACAACUUCUCCAACUUACCAGAAUCUAGGAGAAAACAAAACAGAUGUGACUUUUCUUAUAAAGGCUGCUGUAUAACUUGCUCGUUUCCUCAUGAUGAAUAAAUGUUUCUUCCAUGGAUUGAUACGGUAAAAUGAAAGUGAGAACGUAAGUCGGAAAUCCGUGAGAGCUCAUAGCUGUCAGCACGACAGUAACAAAAAGAACUAUUGUUAUUUGGGUUUGAGUUUCCCGAGGGACCGAUAUAGUUGACGGACACAGGAAGUGUGUGUCCUUACAUUUGUUAUGGUCCGAACUGCGGAGCUGCAAUAAACGUCGACUCAAAUGAGUUCAAGAAACUAAAUUCUGUGCUUUAUGAAGAGUGAAAAAAGCAGAAUUUAACACAGACGAAAUCAUUCGGCCGAUUAGAGUGAAGUAUUACCGAAACAAAACGGUGACGUCACGUACCGUAAUGGUCGGCAACGGGUGGCCGCAUACGUUUCUUCAACACAACGUGGCCGUGUCAAUGAAAAAAAAUCGGUUUAUAUAUAUAUAUAUAUGUACUACAUAUAUAUUUCUGUCUCCAUCCAUGUACCUGUUCAUAAUGCGCACCAUGAGUUUACCAGUUGAUUUUGGGGAAAAAAAGUGCGCGUUAUAUUCGGGAAAUUACGGUAAUUCCAUUUUCUUGGUUUUUGAACAUUAUUUAGGUUUUUGGAAAUGUUAUGAAGCAUAUUUGAUUGACUACGAUUGAUUUGUAAUGGGAAAAAAAAAGUAAAUUAAAACACAGACCCCAUAUUUUCAUUUCACGAAGUGUCCAAAGUUCAUGCACUUGAAAAUAUACAUCUUUUUUUUUCUUGAAUUAAGAAUUCGCUUGAGUUUGUCUGUUUGUUUUCAGUCAUUGAAUUUGAUUUGUGAUUCGGAAAUCGCUUUGUAUUGAUGGCUUUAAUAGACAAUUGAUUUUAUUAAUGAUUCUUAAUACAGUGGUACCUCUAUAUACGAAGUUAAUUCAUUCCAGGACCUCGUUUGUAAGUCGAAGUGGUGGUAUGUCGAGCAGGAUUUUCCCAUAAGAAUACAUUAUAAUUCCAUUAAUUCGUUCCACAGCCCAAAUACCUACACUAAAUCCUUAAUGAUUAAGGAAAAUGAACAAAUUAUGAAUAAAAAUCGGAAUAAUAAUAUAGUAAAAAAAUAAUAAUAAUAAUACAUGUAAUAAUGUAACGAUUUGGGUUCUAAUGUGGUGCAUGUAUUUUGCGUGGUGUACCUGAUCGUACCGCGUGGCUGACGACAGAGUGAGACAGAGUCAGUGUUGUCACAGAUUACUUGAAAAAGUUAUCAGUGAUUACACCUCCAAAAAGUAAUCCAGUUACUUUACUGAAAACAUCAUUAUCAAAGUAACUAAGUUACUUUACAAGUAAUUUAUCAGUGUUCAGUUCUUCUCCCUUUGCCGCCUCAACAUAAGAAUGACAACAGAAAAAUGUCAUCGCAUGGAAUUGACAUACCAAUUGUGGGAGAUCAGAAUUUCUGACAUAAGGCUUAAUCUUCAAGUUAGCGGAGGUUUAAUUAGUCGAUGGAGUGGAUUUCAACCACCAUUGACUCGCGCUAGUUUAGCCACUCUGGAGCCCUGAAACUAACAAAAUAACUGACAAACUGCAUGGAAUUUGUUGAAAUCAACUCCACCGACUGAUUAAACAUACACUAACUCGAAGAUUAAGCCUAAUGUAAAAAAUUCUGAACUUCGGGUUAGGGUUUAGGGUUAACAGCAUAUCAGUGCCAACGUAAAACAAUGCAAAUUGACUGCACAAUAAUCAACAACACACAUAUGAAUUGCAUAGUGCAAUAAACACAAAGGUGGGGCCGGGCGCGGAUGCGCACGUAUAGCCGGGAAGUACGCCGUACACACUUGUGGUCAAUUUGGUCACAAAACAUGGCGGUAACUAAGCACUUUACACUCAAUCGGACUUACAACACAUCCCAAAGAUGCAGAAGGAACACUGCCCGUCGUUGCAACGACAGCUACAAAACGGCCGCGCAUUUAGGGGGUCCAAACUAUCGCUGAUACCCUCGAGAAUGAAUGAAAAGUACUCAUGUUUAUCGUGGAUGAACACAGAUGAACAUUCCCUUGACCACCUCAACACACGGCUCGAAUGUGCAGCUGCACUGGCAGCCUGCCCCAUGCCUUUCUCGGUCCCAAAACACUUAGCGCAUGUGAUUCGAGACCAAAACAAAUGCUUUUCGUACAUGACUACAAUAUUCUUCAUUCUACAUACAUUAUGCCGGAAUAACAAAAUAGCAAUGCACAGACACUAAAGAAACUAACUUUAGUCAGAUUAAAAAUGAACGCGUUAGACUACUCGUUACUGAAAGAAAGUAAUCAGAUUACACAACACUGGACAGAGUGCGUUUGCUUUUAAUUUCACUUUUCGUGUUCUUCUUGUUGGGCGUCAGCUGCGGCAGACAGGAGGCAUGUUGUGUUGCACAAGUUCUGAAAUAGAUAAUUAAAAACCUGAUGAAGCUGGCAAAUUUUUGGGUGAUAUUACAAUAAUAAUAAUUGUCACCUUAACUUAUAAAGACUGGCGAACGGAGGAGGACCGCCGAAAUCAUAGACAUUCUACAGCCUUAUUAUUGAGCCAGUUCACGGACACGCACACCACGCUCAUAUUUUCCUAUCAUUUCCGUCUUCAUUUCAAUGGUAAGCCUUACCUUUUUACUUUUUUUCACCACCUGCACUAACAUUCUUGGAAACCAUGUUGAUUUCUCUCACAAGAAAAUCCGCCGUGCGUCCGUCUUGCGGGAAAACAAAGCCACUGCGACGCUGUCAUAAGUCGUCGUAUUUCGAGCAUGUCGUCGGAUGUAGAAACAAAUGGCGAGUCAAAUUUUACGUCGGAUAUCGAAAAGAUCGUGUGUUAAAGCGAUCGUAUGUCGAGGUACUACUGUAUUUGAUUUGAUAUUGUGGAAUUUUCAUGAUUUGUACUUUGGUACCUCUACUUACGAAACUAAUUGGUUCUGGAAGUAGUUUUGUAACUUGAAAAUACCAUAAGUAGAGAUGCGUUUUUUAUGUAAAUGCCCUAAUCCGUUCCAGGACAUCGAAAAUUCUAUUAUUAAUAUUUUUAUAAAUGCAUUUUUAUGCAUCAAAACGUGUAACAAAUACAUGUUACAAUUAGAUGAUUGCACAGUAAACAUAAAAUCAGAGUUGUGCAUACUUUAAAAAACCCAAUAUUGAGAAAAGAAUAAAAGUUAAUACAGUUAUUUAAAGUUGUCAGAGCACGAGGGGCGACUGAAGAAGACACUGGAAUAUACACAUACACAUACAGCAGAGGUCUCUCUUAACCAAUUGGAUGCCAGGAAGAUGCUAGGCAAUAGCCAAUUGCAGAGUAUGUUACAUUCAGUAAAAUCUGGAAGCUGCGAGUACCAGCCAUACUGUAUCUCUUUCGUAACAGGAGGCAAUAUUUUCCCCCAUGAGGCAUGUCUUAACCUGAAAAUUCUGUAUGUAGAGAUGUUCGUAAGUAGAGGUACCACUGUACGUGCUCAGCAUCCAAUCUAGAUGAUCAGUGAAAAAGCCAUCAAAACAAGUCAGAAUUCUCAUUUUCAAAACUUCCAUAAUUCCAUUUUCCUGGUUUUUCACUAUUUGUGAUGGGGGGAGAUAAAACAACAACCCCAUUCAUUUCACGAAAAGUCCAAAUUUCAACUGAAAAUUCACCUUUGCAGUCAUUUAUUUGAUUUGUGAUUCUGAAAUUGCUUUGCAUUGAUGGCUUUAAUGGACAUGUUAUUGAUUUUAAUGAUGAUUCUUAAUAUUUUGAUAUGAUACUGUGGAGUUUCUAUGAUUUUUAAUUGUUGAAUUGAUGGAUUUUUUUAUUUAAAAAAAAAAAAAAGAAAAAUUCUUCGAACCAACUUGAAACCAAAUGAAUCAUCCCACAAAUUAAGGGACCAAUACCAAUCGACAGGGCCAACAUUAUCCCUGAAUCAUUCGUUCAUUCCAUAUCUAGAAUCCAAAAUCGGAAAAUGGCUAAAGACUUGUUUCAUUUCCCGUUUUCAAAUCCAAAAUUGGAAAACGGAUAACUAUUUCAUUUCAUGUUUUAGAAUCAUCAAAAUUUCAUUUGUCAUUUUCAGAUAAAAAAAUCGGAAAACAAAGUAAAGGCCUAUUUUUCACUGUUUUGAUUUUGUUUUGAAAUUAAAAAUAGAAUAUGAGGGAUGGAAUUACCAUGGUAUUUUUGUUCUAUUUGUUUUCAGUUUGUAUUAUUUUUCAUGUGUCCUGACCCGGAAGUUGUAGACUUUUUUUUUCCUCAGGAAGGUCAGUCAGUCUCUACUGGUUGAUUCCAUUGAUGGGUGAAUCGAGCAGCACGAUAGCUAACAUUUUGCGGUUAUUAUUACUUAACGUUUUUGUCAAGGAUGGUAGACGUGCUUCUUAAAGAGAACCUCGGACAUGAAGACUUGUAGGCUCUAAUAAGCCACAAUUGUUCUCUUUUACUAAAACAUGUUAUUGGAAACACAUUGCCAUUGAUUUAAAAAUCUAUAAUAUUUAGGACAUGUUUUGACCUACGGCAGGCGCCAUGUUUUAUGGACGCUCGGGGUGAUGGCGUAGAUUGUCACUGUCACUCGACGAAUACUACCAGUGUUCGGCAAUUCCUUCUAUGCGGCGAGACAUCCAACACAUGCGCUCAUCGAUUAAAAGCGGCGAGUACUUACUUUUUGUGUUUUUAUUGAGUCUUUUAUUACAUUUUCAUCGCCUCAAAAUAUUUUUUGCAUGUGUUUCCCGCUCAUACUUUUUAGCAGUUUUCUUGUGGUAGCUUUAAAGCAGAUUGUUGAUCUGUUGACCACAUUAGUCACGCAGCAUAUUCAAACCACCCUUAUUUGAUAUUACUACGUUUAAGUAUUUUUUUCUUAAGGCAUGUUUAGUAUGUUCAGUCUGUCUAUAUGCAUCUAAACAAAACAAGCUGAAAGCGCACGGUAGUACUUUGGGUGUCAAAUUCGCCUCUUGUAGCACGUUAUGCCGGUGUAGCACACCGAAAUUGUCCAACUCUCAUCUUUUCUCAUCCCGUUUUUGCUGUUCAUUUUUCCUUUGCUGCUCGUUUUGUGAAAUAUCGACAGUUCUGUCAUGCUCAUUAAAAUCGAAUCGAAAGGGUUGAACAGAUGACAUGUUCAUGUCACUAGAGUCAUACUCUGGAAGCCCGGCAGCGUAACCAUGUGACAUCACCACCCUGCAACGUCAAACAACAAUGGCGACCUACUAGUUAAACUAAUUUUACAAAUUGUAUAAAAAUGAAAAAAUCAAGAGGGGUUUCAAAAUCAAAUUAUUUUAACUCAUAAUAAUGUUUAUCUUUUAAGAACUACAAGUCUUUCUAUCCGUGGAACCCUUUAAAGAGGGGAACUCGUAUCAGUGUAUCAACAACUUCUGGGUCACAACACAUCGAAAAUGUCAACAGAUACAGGAUGAACGAAUGAUACACAUAUUUUUUUUUAUAUGAAAAAGAGAAAUGAAACAACAAUUUCUUAUGUUUUCCAAUUUUGGAUUGCAAAACGAGAAAAGCCAUCACAAUUCGUUAUCCGUUUUCCGAUUUUGGAUUUGAAAACGAGAAGAUAAAUACAGUAAGUCGCCAGAGUUGGGGAAAGUUCAUUUUCUAAAUGAACUAGUUCAAAUCGCAGUUCACAAAUUUUAAAGUUAACCUUUAAGUUAAUAGUUCAUCAUUCAAAAUUUUGAACUAAAUUUCAUGGUUAAAAAAAACAAAAACUUUUUUUUCCAAACCCCAGUUAUUGCCUGAGUCGAUAUUAGAACCACAGACAGCAAUUAUUUUAUCUACUUAAACUGUGUCAGAAACAUCUUCAUAUUCAAUUUCAAAUCUGCGUCGGUACUGACCUGUUCCUAGAAUGUUGGUACUGAGCCAGUGUUCUGUCAGAUUUUUAAACCCAUCAGAAAUUACACUUUGCGGUUCUGCACAUGCACGUAACGUUACGAAUGGCCACAAAUGCAGUGAUUCCAAAGUAAACACCUCCAACUUUCUAUGAAAAAUGGAAUUAUGUACUUGCAUUUGGUCGUGGACGCACACGAAGGAAAGUUCUCUCUCACCGCGUCUUCCCCGUGCCGUUAAGCAUUUAUUUACAUCUGUAUUCAUGUUGCAGAAGUAUGUUUAUAAUGCAACUUGUUUACUUAGCAUCUUUGGAUAAUAUUUACAGUCAAACUGAAUGUAAAAUAAUGCUUAUUUGCCGCAAUUAAUGCUUCGGGAGCAAGAGCUGCCAUAUUUGCUAAAAACAACAUAGCCGUGACAGCCUCAGGCAGCUUGAGUUGCCAGGUUGGAUAGUUUUCCACCAUUAUUUAUUUCAUUUUUAUUUAAUAAUGUUUUUAGCCUAUGGCCUUAUAAGCAGUUUUGUCAAAAUGCUCUAAUUCUGAACUCAUGAAUGUGGUAUACGGACUACGUGUCCCAUGAUCACCCUGGGUUCAGUCAAUGGGAUGGGACUUGGAGGGAUAGGGAGAAAUCACAGUUCUGUUUUAUAUUUAGUGAGAUGUACGUGGGAGUUACCCUGCAUCAAAAAAGAGUUGGCAUCACAUAUACAUUGAUCCUUCGUUUUUCCGCGGUUAAUGGGGACCAGAACCCGCCACAAUAAGUGAAAAACCGCGAAGUAGCGCACACCCCAAUUUUUUUUUUUGGGUGUGUUCAAUGUAUUUAUUCAGAUUUAGCAUUGGAAAUAGAUACAUAUAAGACAUGUUUUUUUCCCCUUUUUUUCUCAAAGUAUAAUAAAAAAAAAAUCUAUAUAUCAAUAAAUGUUUUUUAAGCAUUUAAAAUGUAAUAAUUCUGAUAAGUUUUAAACAUGUUACUGUCCCACCGAAUUAUUUUUAAACAAGAAUGAAUUAGUAGAAAAAUGCUUGGCUUUAUUAAAUGCUUCAUUGAGUGAGUCCACACACGCCACUCCAUUGCUCACUUACACACAAUGAGUUGCCACAGCAACUGUUUAACAAGUUAAACUAUGAUUGACGCAUGCGGCGCUUUGAAGCUUUGCCUUACAAGCAUCUGUGGCAAGAUCAAACCCAAACAUCUUUUAACAUCGUUAACUUUAAAAAGCAACUCCAGUGCACAGCCUGACGCACAAAGAGCAGGCAGAGGGAGGGAAUGAGAAGGAGGAAGGAGAGUAAGACUACACGAUCGUCUUGGGACAGGUCAUCUGUAUUUAAAUUUUUUUUCAAUUGAAAAAAAAUCCGUGACCAUGAGCAAGGUUAUUAACUCCGCUCACAUCUGCUAGAAUGAGCACGCUCACAGUAACAUUCAUGAGACAAAAAUACGAUGCAUUCAGUUCACGCUAGCCCAAAAUAUGAACGUGUUCAUGAACAGUCGUUCAAUGAUCGCAUUCAAGCACAACACUGCAAGUCGCUAUCCGUUUCCCGAUUUUAGAUUCUAAAACAGAUAUGGAAUUUAAGAAUGAUGCACUGAUAUAUUUGCAAGAUAUAUGCGCAAGAACACAAUGACUCUUCUCUCGGACAGAAAAUAGGCAGCAGGUGGUUGAUUUGAAUGUGAUGAUGCAGAUGACCUUUAUGUUCACUGUGGAGAAUUGAAAAAUCUCCUGGUUGCCUUGUUUAGUGUACAUCUAUUGGCUUAGUGCGGCCAGCAGUACAUGUUGAAAUCACGCAGGGCACUUUUCAUGAAACCAAGUAUGCAUAUUCGAAAGAUACAUUACUCAUUAGACGGAUAGGAAACAUGUUUCAAAUAAGAUGAUUUAUUUUUUUGUUAACUGUCCUGCAGCUCAGAUGGGCAUUAUAAUCUGCAUCUGAAAUACUUAUACGUUAUACAGACUGGUUGCAACCAUAUUUACAUGACUUGUUCACAGGAAGGACAGAUAUUAUUACCUAUUAUUUAAUCACAGUUAAAACAUCCACAUUUGAGAGCUGCAUUGCAACUAAAUGUGAUUUGAGGCUCGAUAUACUCCACUGAGCAAAGCUUAAAGCUUGAAUUGUACAUGCAUGCGUACUCUUUGAAUUCCCACACAUUUCAAUAGCAGACGUGAAAAUCAUUUAAAAGAAGUGCUAGUUCCUGAUGAGAUUAUCGAUGAGAUUAUCGAUGAGAUUAAUACACGUGGUCCAGAAGUGUGGAAGACAUUUUUUUGUGAAAAUGGCUGCUAUGUACUUAAAAAAAACUUGGGAUUUAUUUCUCCUUUCUGCUUCCAGUUUUUUUCCCCCAAUCACCUUUUUGAGUCAAAUAUUGUUUUACUCUUCAAAUGUGUAAAGGUACAAAUAGACAAGAUAGCUAUUGUUUAAUGGGGAAAAGUGUGGUGAAGACAAAUAAAAUUUCAUUUACUGAAAAA